AGAACUGGAAGAGCUGUCUGGCUUGGUGUCCCAAGGAUGGACCCCGCUGCCCCUCCUGCUGCUGCCCCUCCAGCUGCUGCCCCUCCUGCUGCCCCAGCUGCUGACCCUGCUGCUGACCCUGCUGCUGCCCUCCCUGGCCAGGCCUUGGCCCAAGCCCCUGCCCUAGCACAAAUCAAUGGACAAGAAGGUGCUAGGAAUGAACGGGCAGCUUAUCUUUGGAGACCCUGGCUGUCCUCUAUAAACGACCAGCCAAGGCAGGCGAGGAGUCUGGUGGACUGGGCUGAUAAUGGGGCGACAGCGGCUGAGGCUGCCAAGACUGACUCUGAUUUCCAUCACCCGGUCAGGCUCUACUGGCCUAAGUCCCGCUCCUUUGACUACCUGUACAGUGCUGGGGAGAUAUUACUAAACAACUUCCCUGUCCAGGCCACCAUCAAUUUAUAUGAGGAUUCUGACAGUGCAGACAAUGAGGAAGACAAGGAGGAGGAUGAGGAAGAGGAAGAUGAUGAAGAGGAAGAGGAAGAUGAAGACAAAGAUAUCAAUGAGAAUGAACCAGAAGUGUGUAUGGGGGUAUCAGAGGCCACAGCACAUAAGGCCACAGCUCAUUCCCCUGACCCACACUCGACCUGUCCAAAUUGAAGCAAUCCCAGUUAUACUUGGCACUUUUCCAAGGCCAUCGAUUCGCCAAGAGUCUCCAGACACAGCUUUUCUGGAUUGAAACCAGUGUCCUCAGGCUGUCUAGCUCCCCCCUGGCUUUCCUGAUUGGCCUGCAAGUCUAGGCCUCUGGCAUGCUCUCCUCUGGGCUGCUCUUGUGCCAACAGUAGGAGGUUCUUCAGGCCUGGGAGGGAAUAGGGGAGGCUUGAUUUCUGAAGCCCUCAUGAAGUAGAGCAGGAAGGAUGCCCUUAUACAAGAGAACAGUCACUCCUCUGGGCCUUUUGAGUUUUCAAAGAC